CCGCCAUUGUGUAGUGAGCGGCUGACGGUGGAGGAUGUACGCAUAGCCUCUCCGUCAUUCCCUAUUAUAUUCCCACCGGUUUUCAUUAUAGACUGCAAACUUGACCGGACCACCGAGACCAACUCAAGUUUUCCAGUGAGGCUCAAGGUUGUAUGGAGAAGAGACCCUUUGGAGUACAAUGGGGAAAGUCAACAGAGGGUCCCUUGUGUCCACGAGACGACGGCUAGUGAAGGCGUCUGGGUCAGGGGGCAAGAGAUCUCGUGCCACAUCUGCCGGCAAGGGUAAUCUGCCACUACCACCGCCACCACCAUCACAAUCCCUGGUUUUGGAUGAGGACUCAGGCUUUGGAGGCGACCAGUCCCUUGACUCCGAGUCCUCGUUGUUGUCGGCCCCAAACGUCGCUGGUCCAGGAGUGGUGCUGCCAUCGCUCACCAUGGUGCCCCAGGCGAAACUGUUGCUAGUCAGUUUGUUGCAAGGUGCUGGGGGCCUGCCAGGGUCGGGGACCAGCCAGAAUGCCUCAGCAAAUGUUGCGGUUGGGGCUUCUCCCCCCACAACGCAAGCGAGUGUCAGUAAUGGCACCAACCAAACAGGGAACACCCAUGGUGCAGUGAUGUCCAGAGGUGCAGAAAAGGAGAGUCAGGGCUCCCACAGUGUACGGCCCUUGCUGGCUGCUGCUCCUAUUGAGUUGCCAGCAGCCAGCACCAGCUCUCCCUCCAACUACCCCACUGAGCCUGUGGCACUUGGGAGUGCAGGCCAUAAGGUGGUGGAGGGCCAGGUGACCUUGAAGAGGGACAGCCUGAAGGUCGAUCUGAGUAACGAGCCGCUCAAGGUGGAUUUGGGUGAAGAUUCGCUAAAUGUGGAUCUGAGUGAAGAGGCCCAGGAGCUGCCAGCCUCUCAAGCCUCUGCCACCACCACAACACACACUAUGCCUCCUCUUGUCUCCUUCCGAGAUGUCUCGCUGCUCUCAUCCCUCCACCAGCUCAAGGGAAACAACAAUACUGGCAACCCUACCAUGCUGCGGGUGGAUGGAGGCGGCCAGACAUGUGUAAGCAGCAAGGUGGUGCGGCCGGGCGUCCCACACAGCCCACCCCUCCUUACAGCCCAGCUCUCAGCACGGUCUUCUGAUGGCAGUGUGGAGUUGAAGCUAGUGACGCAGCCUGAGGAGCAGCACAGAGCUCGCUACCAAACAGAGGGAUCACGAGGUGCUGUCAAGGAUCGAUCUGGGUCAGGCCAUCCCACUGUCAAGCUGGUGGGAUACAGCAAGCCCACCACACUUCAGAUCUUCGUGGGGUCAGACACAGGGAAGUCCGGUCCUCAUAUGUUUUACCAGGUGUGUCGUGUGAGUGGCAAGAAUUCCACCCCGUGUCGUGAGCGCCGAGUGGACGGCACUGUGGUGAUAGAAGCGGCACUUCAUCCUGAAAAUGAAAUGACCAUGAGCUGCGACUGUGUGGGCAUCCUGAAGGAACGUAAUGUAGAUGUGGAACAUCGCUUCAAGGCUGUCAUGUCACGAGGUCGCAAGAAGAGCACUAAGUGUCGCCUGGUGUUCCGCACCUUUAUCACCCUUCCCAGCGGUGCUCAGGAGGUGCUGCAGGUUGUCUCACAGCCCAUUGCCUGCACCCAGCCUCCGGGUGUGCCAGAGAUCUGCCGCAAGUCCAUCAGUUCCUGCUUGGUCACUGGCGGCGAACAGAUCUUCAUCUUUGGCAAAAAUUUCUUGAAAGACACAGUGGUAGUAUUCCAGCAACACAGUGCCAAAGCCCAGCCUAUAUGGGAAGAGAAGGUCUUGCCUGACAAGGACUCUCUGCAACCUAUUCAUCUGAUUGUGGCGGUGCCCAAGUACUGCGACCUCACAGUGACAGAGGAGGUGACUGUGGAGAUGGUGGUUGUCUCUGGAGGAAAGAAGUCAGAACCUCAAAGCUUCACCUAUCUUCCUCUGCCCACCAAGAAGGAAGUACAAGUAUCUGACACAUGGGAAGAAAAGCCUCUGCCCAAAGGAGUAUCUCCAUGUGCAUUGCAGCUGAAUCGACACUUUGCUGAAACCGGGAGUCUGCCGCAGCACAUAACUGAAGUGGCCACCUCACAUGUCACCCCUUCUCCUCCCACGAAGACUUCUUCAGGAGUGACACCUGCAGGAGCAGCCAGUGCCCCAGUGGCUACAUCCCCAGUGCGAACCUCCCGUGUCAUGCUCAGCUCAGCUAAGAAGAUUGUAGGACGGGCAUCCCGACUGGCUUCCCGUAAUCCUAGACAGUCUCCUCUCACAGCUAAGUCUGUCCGCAACAGUUCUAUAGAGUCUUUACCUACCCCUGCUUCAGCACCUGCCAGUGAAGGUCAGAAAUCAAGGGAAACUGAGCAGCCAAAUAAGCAGCCAACCAUGCAGGGGACAGUCUCCCUUGAGAGCCUGGUAGAAAUGCUGAAGGUGGUACAAAAGUUUCCCGCUGGAUCCAACCUUUACACAUCCGUCCUGCAGCUGGUGGAGCGGCUCAUCCACUCUAUGAAGGACAACAUUGGGCAUCAGUGCAAAACUGAAGUGGAGGAAGAGUCAGAAGCUCCAGCUUUGCCUGCCUCACCUAAGGUGGCAGCCUCCAGUACUCCACCUGGGUCAUAUGUUCUUAGCAAAGGGCAAAAGCUGGUUUCUGGGUCAUCUGUUCAGACCACCCAGGUGAACCAUUCCUCCAGCUAUCCUCCAACAAACGUAGCCAUACCGAUGGCUACCCCUGUCAGUCUGUUUCCCUUGACAGUGUUCUCUGCCAUGCCUUCCACUGUCUCUUCUGGCCCAAAAGUAGCCCGUGUGGCCCCUGUGGCACCAGUUGCUCCAACAACUGUGGUUUCCUCCCCUGGCUUGACUCGCACAGUGCGGGUAUGUGUGGCUGAGGCGCCACACUUGGAGGAGCCACCUCUCAAGAAACAUCGAGAGGAGGUGGGCUUGCUUCCAGACUACACUUUGGUGAGAGGCAGCCAGUUUCCUUCAGAGCAACAAAUGACAUCUCCUGCAGUAGCCAGUGUAGUCUCUACUGCCUCUUCAUUCAAUAGUGUAAACCCACUACUGUCAUCCAAGAUAGUGAGUCAGUGCACUUCACAGGAGGCUCUGGGUGAGGCUUCUCCAGCCAUCGAUGCCUUGCAAGGCCAGCUGAGAAUACCUGACUCUCAGGAGGUUGUAAGUGGUUCAGCAAUGCAUCUGACCCACCUGCCUAUUCCCUCUCCUACUCAAACUGUGUACCGGCCCCUUAGUCAAUCUUUGCUGCAAAACAUAAACCAGAGGGCUCCACAGCAGCAGCAGCAGCAGCAGCAACAACAACAACAACAACAACAACAACAACAACAACAACAAAAACAAUCACAACAACAACAGCAACAACAAGAGCAGCAACAACCACAACAUGAACAGCAACAAGAACAACAGAAACAACAGCAAAGACAGGCUGUUAGAGCCAGCCAGCAGACAGUAUCCUCCUUAUCCCAUACUGUCACUCACCAUCACCUUAAUAAUAUGUCUGGGGAACAGACAGUGCAGCAACACAGUGCUUCACCUGUGCUAGGUGUGCAGUCUGACAUGCAUGUACCAGUCUCUGAUCCAUUGUUGUCCCAAGGGCCAGGCCUGUGUGGAGUGCUGCCUUCAUCUUCCACCAUGGCUCAAGCCCCUGCUACCCAAGAGUCUGUCGCCUCAACCUGUGUCACCUCAUCAGCCCUCACACGCUCUGAUCCACUCCUCUCCCAGUCCAGUCCUGUUGCUCCCUUACAGAUGGAGGCUGGGGCUUCCAUCCCAGCCACCAGUACAGAAAACAGUAGUAGGCCUGUCCGGGCUGGAGAUGGCCUCAUAGUCUCUAACUCCAACUCACAAGUCUCCAUGCAGAAUGAAGUCACUUCAGCAAUCAAUCUCUCAGAGACAGAACUUCUAAACUACUUUGAUCCAAACUGUUUUGACAAUGUAUGAAGCUCAGUGUUGUAACUACUGAUGAGGAAAUUCAGCCACCAAAACAGAGCCAGCAGCAAGUAUUGCAUGAUGGGUAGGGCUCUCCUUUGCUCAACCCUUCACACUGCACUGCUCUACACUCACACGGGAGAGUUGAGAGAACUUUGUGGCGCUGGGUCUGUACUCUGCCUGGUGUGAGGACAAGUCUGGACUGCUUUUGUGCCACAAGCCAUGUGUUCUACUCAUAUUUUUAUAGGUGCUUGUUAAAUAUCUAAUUUAUUGUUUUAUAGAUAGUUGUUAUUAGUACUCUAAGCAAAAUUAUGUAUUUAUAGAGUGUGAAAUGAGUGUCUUUGUACAGCAGAAGUGAAAAGCUGUAUGGUUUGUGGUGUGAUCUUUUGUUGUAAAUGUCAUUGUUUUGUUGUUCUUGUCAGACUCUGGACCUUUCUUUGCAUUUUCUGCAAAAAAUCUUUUAAUCUCACCAAUAUAUAUAUAUAUAUAUAUAUAUAUAUAUAUAUAUAUAUAUAUAUAUAUAUAUAUAUAUAUAUAUAUAUAUAUAUAUAUAUAUAUAUAUAUAUAUAUAUAUAUAUAUAUAUAUAUAUAUAUAUAUAUAUAUAUAUAUAUAUUAUAAAAUUUAUUUUUAUUUCUCAUUUUGUAGAGUGUGACUUGUCAUGCUCUCAUGUUGGAAGGAGGAGGAUUUAGGAGAAUCCAGCCAGUAUAUCUAUUUUUAGUGUUUACAGCUUGUUGGACACAAAGUUUAAAAAAUUAUAGGACCAACCACUGAAGUUUUAGCAAGACCCAUGAAUACUUCAUGCCAUACUUCAGAGAAACAAGAUUUUCACUGUAAAUAUUUGUCAUCUAAGACAACUGCUUAUCCCCUUUUUUUGUAGUGGGAUGUAAAUGCAGUCAUGUCUGGUGACCUCUUUGUUUUUAUAGUUGAUAUGUGUGCAAUAGUCUCCAUCACCACUCAUUCUUCAGUGCAUUUAUUUAUUGUGGAGUACUUUGACAGAAAGGAUUGCAGGGCACUGUUCACAUUACUACACUCUCCUUCUUGCUGGCCUUCCUGCUAGUUGUUUUUUCUGCCCUGAUAGUCUUUGUAGUCAAGCCUUAUAGCAUCAUGUAGCUUUGGGAUAACUGGUAAUUAUUUUGCUGUAUUUUGUAUUUGUAGCCCUGGUUUCUAGAAGUCAGUUAAGUUCUAUUAUGUCAAAUAUUCAGUAUUUUAUUACAUAAAUAACUUGAAUACUAAUACUGCUCUCAAAUUAUCAUUCCUAACUAAAGGACUUUGUUGCAAGUUGAAUGGUGUUGUGAUUGGUGGACAACCUAGUAUUAUGUGUAUAUUGCUGUGAUUAUGGUUAACCUAGUGUAUGUGGUAAACCUAGAGUUGAGCCGUGCUGCUGCUGUUCUCCGUAGAUUGAGUGUCACUUCUGUACGGAUCACACGAGGGAAUCUCAUGUGUCGGGUGGAGACCAUACUGCCUCACUCAACUUUGCACCCCUCAUAUAAAGUUUUUGUAGCACCCCCAGCAGACCACUGUUGUCAAGUCUGACCACAAAUGUUUAUAGUUGUAUAUUACGAAGAAUGGUUUGAGUGUAAUAUUAGGCCUUGAUGUUAUGAGGCACUUCAGUGGGCAGUACAAAUUAGUGUUUGUGCAAUAUCCUUAGUAACACUUUGUUGUAUUGUCUUGAUAGGAUGCAGGCUAGUGUUGCUAGCUGCAGGCUGUUUUAUUAUAUAUAUAUAUAUAUAUAUAUAUAUAUAUAUAUAUAUAUAUAUAUAUAUAUAUAUAUAUAUAUAUAUAUAUAUAUAUAUAUACACACACACACACACACACACACACACACACACACACACACACACACACACACACACACACACACACACACACACACACAUUAUCAAGGGAAAAAUUUGAAUACCUGGCUUCAAGGAAGUUUGCAGGUUGUUUUGAUUUAAAAGUGUAUUAUUCCAAUAUUUUGUUUGCCUGAUUGUGGUUCACCUCCACUAAGUGCCAAUGCUUUGUGCUUUCAUCUGGUUGAAUAAGAAUUUCAGUGCAAACUGAGAACAAUACUUGUUAAGCCCUUGCUUGUACAACUCCUUGGUGACCACCAGCAGCUGUCCUUGCACUGGUCGGGUAUUCAUAAUAGAAACGGUGCAUUUUCUUCUUAAGAACCAACGGGAACAUAAUAGAACGUGUUCUUCAUUUAUAUCUUUAGUAGCAUUUGAAGAUGACUUCCCAUAUUUUCAUGGUGUCAAAAAUUAUUUCUUGUUGAUGGUGAAUCAGCAGCAGCAGCAGCAGCAGCAGUUAAGCAAUCAUGUGGCAUCAAGCUUACUGUUGCUGCUAACUAUUUACUAAGUCCCUUGGUGUGGGUCAUAGUGGCCCUGAGGUGCUCAGUGGGGCCAGCCAUGAAUGUAACCUUUUUGUUUUAGUCUUCCUCAUAUAAUUUCAUAAUAGUGAUAGUAAUUACAGUAAUGAUAAUAUCUUAAGGGAUGCUGUACAUGUAAUAUUUUCUGACCACUCAACCUUGAACCUUGACAAGCUUCAUUUGAGCAUCUACUGUUUUGCGAAGGUGUAGCAUGUUCUUGCUGAUCUAGAAUCACAGAUAAUCAAGAACCUAGAAUGGCAGGAUGGGUACAGAUUGUAACUAGAUGGCUUACAAGAUAUUUUUCUCAGGUAAACAUUGCCAUUUGAAUUUUUACGAUUAUUACUUUUAUUUUUGUUUUUUCUUUUUCUUAUUGAUUGAUUUAUUGUUUGUAAAUUUACUUCUAUUCAUCAAGACCUUUGGGAGACAAAAAUGCGUGGACCAAAGUAUUUAAUAGGUUUUAUCAGCUCUUUGUACUGGAUUGCAGCCAUAAGGGAGGUGUACGUGUGCAUGGCUGCAGUGUCUGUGGACCAUCUCUUGCCUGUGCUGUGUCUUGUGAUGUGGCGGUGUCAGUGGCUGCUGCCAUGCCACUGGCUGGGAGUAUUACUCAACCUUGGAGGUUCUGUGUUCACAGUUUGCCACAUUGUGAAGUGCAUUGUGCUCCAUAAUAACCAUGUAUUACUAUUCAGAAGAAUGUUUAGUUUUUUGGCAUUUAACAUAUUUUGUCUAGUGUAUUUUCAUAUACUUUUGUAUCGACAUGUUGCGGUCUGGCUUUUGCCAUCCAUGUUUUAUAUGACACUGGGUGGUGACUCAAGUCUGGAGUCAAGCAGAGGUAGCUCAACACAGUUUUGCUGUUCUGAGUAUUUUGUUGUGGACCCAUGUAAGUGGUCCGGUCCACAUUACACUUGACUGCAGUGGUGUUAGUUUUGGCUGCACCGACACCAAACUUGUGUGAAAAUGAACUCGGCAUAAUAUGUUGUAGUUUUAUUCCAUCAUGAGUAGCACAUCUUACAUCAAGAACUUCAGUUGAGUAAAUGCAAUUAAAAUUUUCAAGUUCUCAAUGAUUUCACACAAGUUGCUACACUUAGGGAGUCACCAUUAAGUAUGAGGUGGACCAAGACUUAACAAUGUAGUGUCUUCAUGAGUCAGUGCUGUGACUGUCACACAGUAUUUUUCAUCAGAAAGCACACUUGUCUGCAUAGUGAUCAACAACCUCAUGAAGACUUAGCAAGCAUUGAUUUGCUUUUGUUGGUAGAUUAUUUGAAUCCUGUAUCAGUGGCUUUACAAAUAUUGAAAUUGUGCAUUUAAAUGAUUAAAGAUUAAUAUGA